UGAUUUGUCUAUUUUUUUAAUGGCACAAUUUAAAAAUGUGUCGAAUCUGCCGCAAGCGUUGAGCUCGAGCACACCAAGAUGGCGGUCCCUGGUAAACAGUACGGGCUCAUCCUGCCUCAGAAGAAAUGCUUGAAGACAACACGUCUCCAGAAACUUUGUGUGUUUGGGGAUGACUCCGAUGAUGAGACAUCUGUUGGUGAGAGUCUUCAAAAAGAAGCAGCCAAGAAAAAGACGAUGAGGCAGACUCAGCUGGAGAUGAAGAAGGCCCUGGAGGAGGACAGCACCGUCUAUGACUACGAUGCAGUGUAUGAUGAAAUUCAAAAGCAGAGACUGGAAACCAGUAAAAAGGUUUUGUCAGGACCAGAGAAGAAGCCUAAGUAUAUCCAUCAGCUGAUGAAGGCGGUGGACAGCCGCAAGAAGGAGCAGGAGCGCCGAGAGGAGCGGAAGAUCCAGAAGGAGCGUGAAGCGGAGGGCAACCAGUUUGCUGACAAGGAGGCCUACGUCACGACGGCCUACAAACGCAAGCUGCAGGAGCAGAAGGAGGAAGAGGAGCGUGCAAAGCAUGAGGCUGCUAUUGAAGCCGCUUUGGACGUGAGGAAACAAAACGAUCUGAGUGGUUUCUACAGACAUCUUCUCAACCAGACUGUAGGAGAGGAAGCCAUCCCGGAUCGCUUGGCUAACAAAAGUCAAAAGUCAGAAGAUGGAGGGAUCCCAGAAACAUCUCAAACGAGUCAUGAAAUCACACCAAGUGACGGAGAAGCACAUGAGGAAAAGCACAGCAAGACCUCCUCCUCGCAUUCCAAACGCCAUUAUAGACGCAGGUCACCAGCCUCUGGUAGUGACGACGAGCGGGAGAGAGAGGCGCAGAGGAAGAAAGAGCCAGAGAAGGUUGAGCAACGCAGCGGGAGGAGAGACCGCGACAAAAACGGCCAAAGUCACAGACGUCGAGAUGAGCCGAGGGAAAAAGGUGACAGGAGGAAGUCUGAGGAAGAUAAAGGGCAAGAGGAAGAGGUGCGGGGGAAAGAUAAAGGCGAAGCAGCUGGAGAAGAGAAGGAUGAAGGUGAGAAGGAAGAAGUUGAGAAGGAAGGCCAAACAGAGGAGACCAAGGUCAAUAAGUUUGCAAAGCGUUCCAAUGAGCAGACGUUGAGCUCGGCCAGAGAUCGAUACCUCGCUCGCCAGAUGGCUCGCUCGACCUCCAAGAGCUACAUUGAGCGUGAAGAAGACUGACACACAACAGAUUAUUAACUGCAGAAAAUAUAAAUAAAGAGGCAAAGUCAAAAAGAAAA